AUGGUUAAAGUACUACUUGCUAUUAGUUCAUACCACGGUAAAUUUUAUCCAGAGGGUUCCAAAACAGGAGUUUAUUUCAGCGAAGUAUUGGAGCCAUACACGGAAUUCACCAAAGCAGGUUAUGAAGUAACAAUUGCGUCCGAAACGGGGACAUACGGUUGGGACGGCCAUAGUAUAAUUUUCGAAAGUUUAUCAUUCCACUUGGGGAACAUUUACACAGCUUUUCUCAACAAAAGUUCAGCAUUUAGUAAAGCAAUGAGGAAUGUGAAAAAGGCAUCAGAUGUAGAAGAUGAAAAGUUUGACAUCUUUUUCGCUAGUGCAGGUCACGCUACGUUGUUUGAUUACCCAAAUGCUAAAUCAUUACAGAAAAUUGCUGCCGAUACUUAUGAUAACGGUGGCGUUGUGACUGCAGUUUGUCAUGGUGGUGCUAUUUUUGAAAAUCUUAUUGAUCCAGCAACUGGUGAACCAUUGAUUAAAGGCAAAAGAGUGACUGGUUUCACUGACAGUGCAGAGAAAAAGUUGCAUCUCACAAACUCAAUCAAAAAACACAACUUGCUCACAAUGGAGGGUGUUGCCAAAAAAGAGGGAGCUACAUAUGUGCCGCCUAAAGGAGAUUGGGACUCGUUCACUGUCAUUGAUGGUAGACUCGUAACCGGUGCCAACCCACAGUCCGCUGAAAAGGGAGCCAAGGACACUGUUACAACCUACGAAAAGACAAGAAACCCGGCGGCGUAA